AUGGCAAUCGCUUCAGCGGAUGACACCAUUGACAAGACACUCUGGCAGGCAGUGACCGAUAAAAUAUCGUCUGCUGUUGGCGUUAUGGAGCAAACACGCACGCAUGCAGAGGAAGCCAACACUUCUAUAGCGACACCACGCAGGUCAACGACUCGAACUCGUGAAUCCUUGUUGGAAGUUCAAAACAUCUGCCUUUCACCAGAUACCCUCGCUGCUGCCAGGAAAAGUCGCUUAGAAGACAUCGGAGAGGAGUCCUCCAUCAGUCUUUCCAAUCGAGCGAACAGUGAAUCUUUGAAGGAAGGCCAAGAAAAUUAA